AUGUGUCUUGCGUUUAACAAGCUGCCCUCGAAGCGCGAGUACCCGGACUACUAUGUCGAGAUCAAGCGGCCUAUCGCCCUGGACAUGAUGAAGUCGAAGAUCACAAAGGGAGCGUACAGGGCGGUUGAGGACUUUGUCGCAGAUAUUGAUCUCAUGUGUAGCAACGCACAGCAGUUUAACAUGCCAGACUCGUACAUCUAU